GUCAACCAGUGAAAACCAGGGGUGGAAUCGAGGGCGCCGUGGAUUGCAGAAUCUAGGAUUGAAAACAAAGGGUGGUAAGUGGUUUUUUGUGGUCCCCGCCACGAUCAUCACGUUCGGUGGGGUGUACUAUAAAUACCCAGAGAAGCGUAUCCAUUGCUCCACAAAGGAAAACCAGGCAAAACAACCGUCAACAGUGUGAGAAGGAAUAUAGCCUAAAGAUGUCAAGCACAGCUGGUCAGGUUAUACGCUGCAAAGCCGCGGUGGCAUGGGAAGCGGGAAAGCCGUUGGUGAUCGAAGAAGUGGAAGUGGCGCCUCCACAGGUCAUGGAGGUCCGUCUGAAGAUCCUCUUCACUUCUCUCUGCCACACCGAUGUUUACUUCUGGGAAGCCAAGGGACAAACCCCUUUAUUUCCUCGCAUAUUUGGUCAUGAGGCAGGCGGGAUUGUGGAGAGCGUGGGUGAGGGUGUGACAGAUCUCCAACCUGGAGACCAUGUUCUUCCUGUAUUCACCGGAGAAUGCAAGGAGUGCCGGCAUUGCAAGUCGGAGGAAAGUAACAUGUGUGACCUCCUCAGGAUAAACACAGACAGAGGCGUGAUGCUCAGUGAUAACAAGUCAAGAUUCUCUAUUAAUGGAAAACCCGUUUACCAUUUUGUGGGGACUUCCACAUUUAGUGAAUACACUGUGGUCCAUGUUGGUUGCGUUGCCAAGAUCAACCCCGCUGCCCCACUCGACAAAGUUUGUGUUCUUAGCUGUGGAAUCUCUACAGGUCUUGGUGCUACCUUGAAUGUUGCCAAACCAUCGAAGGGUUCAUCAAUCGCCAUUUUCGGUUUAGGAGCAGUGGGGCUUGCUGCUGCUGAGGGAGCUAGAAUUGCAGGUGCUGCCAGAAUUAUUGGGAUUGAUCUAAACCCUAAGAGAUUUAAUGACGCAAAGAAAUUUGGCGUCACUGAGUUUUUGAACCCAAAGGAUCAUGACAAGCCUAUUCAAGAGGUGAUUGCUGAGAUGACCGGUGGGGGAGUGGACAGAAGCGUUGAGUGUACCGGAAAUGUCAAUGCUAUGAUAUCUGCAUUCGAGUGUGUUCAUGAUGGGUGGGGUGUUGCUGUACUGGUUGGUGUGCCAAACAAAGACGACUCAUUCAAAACGCAUCCCGUGAAUCUAUUGAACGAGAGGACUCUGAAGGGCACUUUCUUUGGCAACUACAAACCCCGUUCCGACCUUCCUUCAGUGGUGGAAAAAUACAUGAACAAGGAGCUUGAAGUGGAGAAAUUCAUCACACAUGAAGUCCCUUUUGCAGAGAUCAACAAGGCCUUCGAAUAUAUGCUGAGCGGGGAUGGGCUUCGAUGCAUCAUUCGCAUGGAUUGUGUUUGCGUGAUGAGAUCAGAUUUUGUGGAGACAAGAGAAGCACGCCCAUUUCUGCACAAAGGAAGAAACAAAGAAAGACUGGUUACCGUCGUCAAGAUUGAGAGAAGAACGAGCCUAAAGAUGUCAGGCACAGCUGGUCAAGUUAUACGUUGCAAAGCCGCGGUGGCAUGGGAAGCGGGAAAGCCAUUGGUGAUCGAAGAAGUGGAAGUGGCGCCUCCGCAGGCCAUGGAGGUUCGUCUGAAGAUUCUCUUCACCUCCCUCUGCCACACUGAUGUUUACUUCUGGGAAGCCAAGGGACAGACCCCUUUAUUUCCUCGUAUAUUUGGUCAUGAGGCUGGCGGGAUUGUGGAGAGCGUGGGUGAAGGUGUGACAGAUCUCCAACCUGGAGACCAUGUUCUUCCUGUAUUCACUGGCGAAUGCAAGGACUGCCGGCAUUGCAAAUCGGAGGAGAGUAACAUGUGUGACCUCCUCAGGAUAAACACCGACAGGGGCGUGAUGCUCAAUGAUAACAAGUCAAGAUUCUCUAUUAAUGGAAAACCCAUUUACCAUUUUGUGGGGACUUCCACAUUUAGCGAAUACACUGUGGUUCAUGUUGGUUGCGUCGCUAAGAUCAACCCUGCUGCCCCACUCGACAAAGUUUGCGUUCUCAGUUGUGGAAUCUCAACAGGUCUCGGUGCUACAUUGAAUGUUGCAAGACCAUGGAAGGGUUCAUCAGUCGCCAUUUUUGGUUUAGGAGCUGUGGGGCUUGCUGCUGCUGAGGGGGCUAGAAUUGCAGGUGCUGCCAGAAUCAUUGGGAUUGAUCUAAACCCUAAGAGAUUUAAUGAAGCAAAGAAAUUUGGCGUCACUGAGUUUGUGAACCCAAAGGAUCAUGACAAGCCUGUUCAAGAGGUGAUUGCUGAGAUGACCGGUGGGGGAGUGGACAGAAGUGUUGAGUGUACCGGAAAUGUCAAUGCUAUGAUAUCUGCAUUCGAGUGUGUUCAUGAUGGGUGGGGUGUGGCUGUAUUGGUUGGUGUGCCAAACAAAGAUGACUCAUUCAAAACGCAUCCCGUGAAUCUAUUGAACGAAAGGACUCUGAAGGGCACUUUCUUUGGCAACUACAAACCCCGUUCCGACCUUCCUUCAGUGGUGGAAAAAUACAUGAACAAGGAGCUUGAAGUGGAGAAAUUCAUCACACAUGAAGUCCCUUUUGCAGAGAUCAAUAAGGCCUUCGAAUACAUGCUUCAAGGGGAUGGCCUUCGUUGCAUUAUUCGCAUGGAUCCAUAAAAGGUUGGGGAGAUUGGCCUAUUGCAGUUUGUUUUUCGAAGUGCCUGUGUUUGAUGAAAUUCAACUAUGUGGAGCAACCAUAGAUGUAUAAAGCAGUCGCAGUACUUAACAUUUUUACUCUCUUCUUGUGUAAUUUCUUUGUACCUUUAAUUGGACGCCCAUGAUCUAAAUUCUGAAAAGAUCCCAACCCAAUUCUCCCU